AUGUCAGAAAAGCAAAGUCCAAGAACAGAAAUGGAGACUCAUCUCCAAAAGCUUUGGGCAAAGGUAUUGAACAUUCCUCUAGAGUCCAUUGGACGAGACGAUAGCUUCCUACAAAUUGGCGGCGACUCCAUCCUGGCCAUUCAUCUCAUUAAUGCCGCCUAUGCUGAUAAUAUUAAACUCGCUGUAUCGGAUAUUUUUGACGAUCCUAGGCUCUUAGCUCUUGCUGCCAGGGCCACCAACAUCCAGAAAAAUGAUGAGAUAUUAAACAUUCCGCCAUUCAGUCUUAUUGACAAGUCAUGCAGAAAGCCACUCUUCAGCCAGGAGCUGCGGCGAAAUUACGAUUUUGCUGAGAAUCUUGUUUUCCACGAUUCUUAUCCUUGUACGAAGUUACAGGAAGGCCUAAUAGCCUUAACAGAGAAGCUUCCCGGUUCUUAUGUUGCGAAAUUUAUCUAUCGUCUCCAUCCCAAUGUCGAUUUGCCUAGAUUUCGCGGUGCAUUCGAAGAGACGGUGAGGAUGUGUCCGAAUUUACGUACCAGAUGCGUUGUUGCCGGAAGAGCAAUGGUCCAAGUUGUCAUUGAGAAUGAUAUUGCUUGGGAGGAGCUACAAUCCCAGGGAUUGAAGGAUUUCAUGCAGUCAAUGAACUCGCUUACCAUGGGCUACGGUUCACGACUAAACCGCUAUGCUAUUGUUGAAGACAACGGCGCGGUCUACUUUGCUUGGGCUUUACACCAUUCUAUCUUUGACGGUUGGACAAUGCGAAUCAUGAUGAAUGUAUUGACUUCGCUUUAUGAAGGCCGUAUACCUCCGAACUUGAUGCCCUAUAAUCGAUUUGUGGAAUAUGUCACAAAUGUCGACUGUGAAGCAGCAAGCAACUACUGGAGAACACAACUGCAGGGCGCUAAUCGAGCCAUUUUCCCGCCAUUUUCCACCUCAAAUAGCGGCUUUAGCUCCAGUCAAACGUUCACAAGACCGGUAGAACUCAAUACGGCUUCCAUAUCGGUUACCAAAGCUACGAUAGUGCGGGCUGCGUGGGCUCUACUUCUCGCACGAUAUUGUGAUACGGACGAUGUUUGUUUUGGGGCUACCACCUCUGGGCGACAAGCUUCAAUCCAUGGACUAUCAGAAAUGCCUGGGCCUACAAUCGCCACGGUGCCUAUUCGUGUUCAACUAAACAAACAACAAACUAUAAGAGAAUAUCUUCAAAGAAUACAAACCCAGGCUGCAGAAAUGGUUCCGUUUGAACAACUGGGGCUGCAAGAAAUUUCGAAGCUUAGCCCGGAAGCUGACGAGGCUUGUAAAUUCUCGGCGCUAUUGGUCAUUCAGCCACUCCAGCAUCUAUCAGAUGACAGAGAUGCGAUUAUGGUACCAGUGGAUGAUGAUGCUCAGGCAGAUACCAUGUUGCGAGACUAUUUCAACUAUCCUCUUGUCCUACAAGGUCAUAUUGACGAUGAGCAUGCCAAUCUCGUCUUCAUCUAUGACUCAAAACUCAUCUCUGAGCAACAAAUACAGGCAAUGUCUUGCCAACUUGAACAUAUCAUAAGGCAACUAGUGUUGGAGCAAGAACUUCAACUCAACGCCUUGCCGUUAUCUUGUAGCUGGGACCUCAAAUUCUCACAACAGGUAAACGAUGAAUUGCCCGAAGUUAUCCAUUCUUGCAUCCAUACUCUUAUUGAGCACCAAGCUGAGAUUCGCGCAAACGACAAGGCCAUAUGCGCAUGGGACAAAGAGCUUACAUAUGGCCAGCUGAAUGAGACAGCCAACCGACUCGCCCACUAUCUUAUAGAAAACGGCGUGAAGCCUCAUGAUCUCGUUCUCGUUUGUUUCGAAAAAUCCGUCUGGCACAUCGUCUCCAUUUUGGCUAUUAACAAGGCCGGUGCCGCUUGGGUACCAAUUGAUCCCUCCCAUCCUCUUCAGCGCCAAAAACAGGUUGCCAGCCAAACAAAAGCGCAUCUUACAUUAGCGUCGGAAAACAAUGUCGAGACAGCCCGCCUGUUGACUUCCAAAGCCAUUGUGUUGACCCCCUCUUUGGACAUUGAUUUAAUAAGAAAGAGCUACAAUAAAGACAACCCCAAUCUUCAAAUUUCGCCUCAACACGCCGCCUACGUUUUGUUCACGUCAGGCAGCACGGGUAUGGCAAAAGGCCUAGUUAUGGAACAUGGUGCUGUGUGCACGAGUCAGAUGGCCAUCAGCAAACGCCUCGGUCUGGAUUCGAGUAUCAGGAUGCUACAAUUUGCGUCGUUUGUUUUCGACCUUUCAGUCGGCGAAAUCAUCGCGCCGUUGUUGUCUGGAGCUUGUGUUUGUGUGCCCUCUGAAGAGGCACGCUUGAAUAGACUUACGGAAUUUAUUUGUGAGGUAGGCGUUAACUGGGCAAUCUUGACGCCUUCUUUCCUCCGAACAUUGCAGCCGGCCGAUGUACCUGGUCUAGAAUUAUUGCUAGUCGGCGGCGAGGCUGUGCCCCGGGAUAUACUCGACUCUUGGUUUGGCAAGGUCAGGUUAGUUCUUGGCUGGGGCCCUUCGGAAACCUGUGUUUACAGUACACUGUAUGAGUGUAUAUCGGUCAAUGACUCUCCAUCAACGAUUGGAAAGCCAGUUGGUGCGAGUUGUUGGAUUGUGGAUCCCGAAGAUCAUAGUAGCCUUGCACCUGUUGGCACGAUUGGCGAAAUCCUCAUUCAAGGCCCUACCCUAUUGAGAGAGUACUUGGCUGAUCCAGAUCGUACCAAUGCUGCCAUUGUACAAUCUCCUGGAUGGUUGCCCCUUGCAGAUGAAAUACACUGGGAUAGGUGCUAUAAAUCGGGCGAUCUCGGAUACUUCAAUCUUGAUGGAACUAUCGAGUUUUCAACUCGCAAGGACACGCAGAUCAAAAUUAAUGGUCUUCGCAUCGAAGCCACAGAAGUUGAAUUCCACAUCCAGCAGCUUUUG